CUUGGUGGAAGGAGGAAGCCCGGCGAAGGGGACCCCAGGAAGUGACCUCACUUCCCUGGCAACAGAGCCCAACAGAACUUGGAACCUGGGUGGCCAGGCACCCACUUCUCCAGGAAAGGACAGAGGAAGGAUGGACUUGCUCUGUUGCGCCCCCAUCUCCCGAGGCCGAAGCCGCAGGAGAGGGCCCAGAGGAGGAAACCUCAUCGAAAGCAGCAGACGAUGGAUCAGCACCCAGGGCAGACGCCUUCGGGCCUUUGCCCGCAGGGGCCCAGAGAGCCCCCCACCUGAGCCCCGCCAGGAGCUGGGCGAGGAAGGCAGAAGGUCUCCAGUUGAAACGCCCCCCAGGCCGCCCCCCAGGGGCCUCUCCCGGGCUCAUAGGGAGCUCAGAACAUCCAGCUCUGGGACCGAGGACAGACACCAUCUGGGCCUGAGAGCCCUGGAUGGCCUGGCCCCCCCUGAGGCCCAGCCUGAAGCUCCCGCAGGAGACCCACAGCCAGAGGCGAAGACACCACCCGGGCAGGAAGAACCUGCAGCCUCUCUGGCCCCAGCCCCAGACACUGACGGGCAUUUUCCUCCGCUGGAGGAAAACGGUUCUCCGGCUCCUGCAGGAGACCAAGGGCCACAGGAGAAUCCAGCAGCAGCCCUGCAGGAAGAGCCUGCACUGCCUGCUCCAGCAGCCCCUAGACUAAGUCCUGAGCUGGCUCAGGCAAGAGCCCCAGGCCAAUUUCCAAAACCACCUUCCCCAAAGCCCCCUCCGCCCCUGCAAGUGCCCUCCCUAGCAGCUGCCCAAAAGCCCCAUUCACCCUCUCCCCCUCCCGAAAUGUACUCUCCUUCCCCUCUCGCCAUUUGUCUUUGGAUGUGUAUUGAUUUCCUAUUUCUCUUCCACGUUAUGUAUGGUGUAAUUUACUUUAUGUUUUAGAAAUAAAAUUUGCAAGGUGCA